AUGGCAACUAACAACAUUGUGGUUCUAGGGGCUGGCGUAUCCGGGUUGACAACUGCGUACCUGCUGUCGCAGGACCCUGCAAACAAAGUUACCGUGCUGGCAAAGCAUAUGCCAGGUGAUUAUGAUGUGGAAUAUGCAUCUCCAUGGGCUGGUGCCAAUUACAUGCCAGUUGGAAAAGAAGGAAGUCCCCACCAAGCCUGGGAGCGCGCUACCUGGCCAGCAUUGAAAGAAAUCACGGAGAAGUAUCCGGAGGCCGGUAUCCACUUCCGAGGCUCUGUGAUCUACAACCGAAAGAAGGAUCAGGAAACAGCAACUGGAGAUUGGUUCUCGGAAUUGGUUCGACCUAAUCCGUGGUACAAGGACGUUGUGCCUGAUUUCAAAACCACCCCCACAGAGGAGCUAGCUCCUGGAAUUGACAAUGCCCAGGAAUUCACAUCCGUAUGUAUCAACACCGCUGUGUACUUGCCAUGGCUGGUCGGUCAAUGCGUCAAGAAUGGCGCUGUAUUCCAAAGAGCCGUGCUUAAGCACAUCGCGGAUGCAGCUGACGCCCAUCACACCGGUCUGAAAGCCGAUUUAAUUAUAAACUGUACUGGUCUGUCCGCCAAAACCCUGGGCGGCGUGCUCGAUGAGAAGAUGUAUCCCGCGCGUGGCCAAAUUGUGGUCGUCCGCAACGACCCUGGACCCAUGGUGUCAGUAUCUGGAACCGACGACGGCGAAGAUGAGGCUUUAUACAUUAUGACCCGUGCCGCAGGUGGCGGUACGAUUCUUGGUGGAUCUUAUCAGAAGCACAACUGGGAUGGGCUUCCGGAUAUGAACCUUGCCAAUCGAAUUAUGAAACGUUGCAUCAAAGUCUGUCCCGGUUUGGUGAAGGAGGGACAAGGCAUUGAGGGCCUGGAUAUUGUCAGACAUGGCGUUGGCCUGCGCCCUCUGAGGGAGGGAGGAGUUCGCAUUGAAAAGGACAAGGUAGAUGGAGUCGCAAUUGUUCAUAACUAUGGUCAUGGUGGAUUUGGGUACCAGGCCUCGUUUGGAUGCGCAUACGCUACUAUUUCCUUAGCCAAAGAGGUUCUCCAGGCUAAGUCUCGGGCCAAACUAUGA